AUGGAUGAUCAACUUAGUACUUUAAUAUUAAGUCAAAAACAUAUUUAAGAAUUAUUCACUUUAAAUUAGAGAUUAGAAAAGAAAUUAGAAUUGUAGGAUAACAAAAUUUCAUAAAUUUAAUUGUUGGUUGCUUAAAGAAAUGAGGAUUUGUUGUUGACCAUAGAAAAAUAUACACCUCUUAAAAUAUUCAGAGAAGAAACAACCUAUUUGAGGAAUUUCUUAGAACAAAAAACUAAAGCCUUUUAAAAUCAAUUCGAUUAAUUACAAUAGUAUUAAAUCUUCUAAAAUAUGAAAGAUAAUAAACAAGAUAGAUGUAAAUUUUGAAGGAAGAAAAUCAACAACAUCAUUAAACUGCAAUAGAGAAAGUCUCAAGAACAACUAAUACAGUUUUAUUUCAGAUGGAAUAAAUUGAAAAGAAAAUUCAUUCAGAAACUAUAAUAAUGGUUGAAGAAUUAACAAGGAAAUCAGCUGAAAUGGAAUAAAAUAUUAUGAAAUUAUUCUAACAAAAAUAAAAACUAUUAGAAAAAUUAGCAUUAAGUUAAGAAACAUCAAUUGCAAAAAUAAAUGUAUUUGAAAAUACAUUAAAUUAAUAACUUACAACCAUAUCUAAAAUACAAUAAACAGCCUAAAAAUAAACUCCAAAUCAUAGUGUUAGAAAAUUAACUUUUGAUAAUGCUGAAGUCCCUAUUGAAUAUUUAAAAAGAUAAGAAGAUGCUCUAAACUAUAUGACAGCAAGUAUUAGAAAUAUUGAAAAAAAAUUGGCAGAAACUGAAUAAAAACCUAAAUUAAAAAGAGAAUUAAGUUUUGAUUAAUUUUAAGUUUAAUGGUCAUAACAAAAACCUAAUCAUUAAUAACAUUCUUCAUUACCUGCUAGUUCAAUUAAACCUAUAUUAAUUAAAGAAGAAUAAAACAGUGAAUUGGCUUAUAAUAAAUCAUCAAGAAGUGAAUAUGAAAAAUCUGCAAGAACUGAAUUAGCAUAAAAUGUUGCAGACCCAUUAACAUCAGAAUUAAAAUCACCUGCUAUGUAAUAAAAUAGAGACAUUUCAAAAAUGCCUCUAUUAAUAAAAACAUCACCUAAUCCAAUUACAGCAAGUCCAAUACCUAAUUUUUAUGAUGAUGUUAGAAUGAAGUAAGAAUAUGAGAAUAAAAUGUAAUAAAUAAAAAGUUAAGAAGAAUAACAAAGAUAAUCAAGAAUUAAAUAAUAAUAGGAAUAUGAGAAAUAAUUAUAAAAUUUAAAGAAAUCUUAAUCUUAAAUAUCAAAUGAUAGUUCAAUGAUAAAAAAUGAUAGUUAUUUUUUUAAAUAAGAUCAAUAACUCAAUAGAAAUGAUAGUUAAGAAAUAAUUAAAGUAUAUAAAAUUUAUAUUAUAGUCUUAAGGUGGUUUAAGAUCAUUGAUGUAAAAAUCAAAAGAAAGAGAUACAUAAUUAUAAACAUCUCAAUCAAAAUAAAAUUUAAAUCUUUCAAAUUAAUAGAAGAAAUAUUAAUAAUAAUAAUAAUCUAAAGAUCAAUUAGGUCCACUUAAAAAUUAAAAUGUAGCAACAGGUGGUAGAAAAUCUCGAAGUAUAUAAUAUACAUUUAAAUUUGUUAGCCAGUCAAAUGAAAAAUUUAGCUUAACAAUAGAAAUAUCAUUAAGAUUAAAGUGCUGAAGAAAUAGUUUAUUAAUUAGAUGAAGAUGGGUAUCUUAUGGAUGAAAAUGGAAAUUAUUUAUUGGAUGAAAAAGGAAAUUAUAUAUAAAUAUCUGAUAAGGAUUUAGAAGAAUUAAAGAAAUAGAACUUAGUUAUUGAAUAAGAAUGA